UGCAUAACCUGCACCUUCAGCUUGAGGCCCAGUUUCUGCAGGAUGAUAUCAGUGUGGCCAAGGACAGGAACAAAAAGGUUAAAGGACAUGUGCUGGGGACCAUUGGCGGCAGCUCAUCCCCACCUUGGCUGGAGUCAAGAGAGUGUGGAAGAACCUUUCCUGGGCUCACGUGAUUGCCCUCCCUGCCCUACAGAAUCUUUUGGAAACCCAGACCUACAUCAGCAUCCUACAGCAGAUCAUCCGGACGGCACCUCAGGCUGUCACGUGUAGCAUGAGGGAGGUGAGCAUGGGGGUUGUAGGAGGGGAAGCUUUCCUCACCCUGGGGCCUCACUGACCUCGAGGCACACUGGGUCAGACGCCUGUGUCGGUCAACUUCCUGCCUGGUCUCUGAGGUGGCUUCUGUUGGAGACUGUCGGUUCCUGCUGUGUGCUCCACAGGAAACUCCCAGACCUCUUUCCUGCAGCCUUGUGUCUGCUGCCAAAAACACUUCCACAGCCCGGCAAGCGAGAAAGGACGGCUACUUAGGUCCAAGGCUGAGGGCCAUGUCUGGUGGUGGCCCUCACGCUGGCAGAGCCCAGGGUGGUCCUGGGCAUGGAUGUGUCUCCUCUGAUCUGUCUUCUCACAAAGCCACCAGGACUUAGUCAUGGGCCCCCUUGUGAAACGCCAUCUUCCUGCGAAGCUUCCAUUGUCUCUGCCCUACAUCGGGGGCUGAAGCAGAGAGGACAGGCAGAUCCCGGCCACUCACGCUCACUGCCCCCCGCUGUGAACAGGACUUCUGGCUGCUCUGUGUCCUCACUCCACUCACUGCGUCAGCCUUUGCCAUUGUAUGUUUUGCAUGAGAAGCUCCUGAUGGAACGAGAGGUGGCCUCACUGCAGAGUCAGCUGGAGGAGAGCCGGGAGGCACUGUCCCACCUGCAGGCGCAGCGUGCAGAGCUGCAGGCCCAGACCUCAGCCCUGGAGCAGGCGAUGAAAAACACCCAUGAGUGUUACGACGACGAGAUCCAGCUGUACAACGAGCAGAUCGAGAGCCUGCGGAGGGAGAUCGAGGAGGCUGAGCAGACGGUGGAGAGGACCUCGUAUGACUGCCGGCAGCUGGCCGUGGCCCAGCAGACCCUGAGGAACGAGCUGGACAGAUAUCAGCGCAUCAUCAAGAUUGAAAGCAACAGGCUGAGCUCCGCCUUCAUUGAGACUCCGGUCACCCUGCUCACCCCGAGCCACAGGACCCCUCUCAGCCUGGCAUCUGGUGGGAAAGAUCUCACCAGGGCUGUACGAGACAUCACAGCAGCUAAACCAAGGCAAAAAGGCCUCCCCAAGAACGUUCCACGGAAGAAGGAGAUUAUAGCUCAGGACGAAGUAGAAGGAAUUUUGGAAGAUGCCCCUGUAAAAGAUCCAGAAGAAGACCCAAAGCCAGGGCAGGGGCCAGCUAAAGAGGAUGCUGAAUCCAAGUGUGAAUCAGGGGGCAGAGGAGAAGGCUCCCCAGCCCAGGAAGGGGAUCCGGAGGAUGUGCCAGAUGGGGGGCAGAUCAGCAAAGCCUUAGGGGCACUGUGCAGGAUGGUCAAGGAGAGAGUGACGGUCCACAAAGAGCCUGCGUCCGAGCCCCUCUCGGACCUCUACGCCAGAGGGGACCACAUGCUGCUCACAGGGGACGCCAGCUACGUGGACCCUGGGUUCUGCUCACCCUCCAUCCCCGCCAGAGGUGGGGUGGUGAUUUCUAUCGAGGACGGCUCUGUGCGUGGUGAUGGCCGUGGGGAGCCCUCUCCUGAGCAGCCCACGCCACCUUUGGAGGCUGGACUGGGGGAUCCCCAGCGGGGAGAGGGGGAACAUACAGGAAACCAGCAUCAGUCUGCAGACAGGGGGAAAGAGAUAAAAGCACAGGAACCGAAAGGCCCGGGGGUGAAGGACCAGGGCCAGAAGGAAGAGGAGAGCCCCAGGAGACCCUGUCCUGGGAUCAUAGCGGGACCGGAGGAACCAUCUAUACCCCAGCCUCUAGGGCCUGGGCCCACUCAGGAUGGCGCGAAGGGUAAGGGCAGUGACCGACCAGAAAGGAGCCUUCCCAGGGCUAUGGCUUUUAAGAAGGUGGAAGUGGUGGAAUCCAUUGAGCAGAUUUCAACAGAGAACAUUGAGACAUACGAGGAGACCUCUGUGGUCGUGGAGACCAUGAUCGGGAAGACAAAGGGGAGUAAGAAAUUGGGAGAGAAGGGCUCCUAGGACAGCUGGGCUCAGUGGAGGAGGCCGCUGUGGGCCACUGCAGGGAAGGCUUUGCUGUCUUCGGGCAGAUGGUAACAGUGGUUCCUGUGUGGUCUGACGAUAGAUGACUCACUGGCCUUG